AUUGUUUCAUACGGGUUUUCCCGCUUGACGCGUCAGUGGUCGACUUGACUGGUGGCUUUCAGCUCGCGAUGAGACCUUACAUCAGCUCUCGAAGGCUCUCACCAACGGGGAGUCGGACAGUUCGGAGAACGUUCAGAUGGCAGCUAUGGUGAGGCACAACACAAUGACGGAGUUUCAAGUCUUUCAACACUCGCUCCAGGGUAACUCCCUGGCCCUGGGCCAAGUAGGGCAGUAUUAUGGGGAACAUCAUCAGCAGAAGCAGGCGAAUGGGAUCGUUUCAGAUGACAGGCAGCACACGGCUCAAGUCCCUGCAGAAGCUGAGAAAAGCCAGCCUUUGAACAUCCCAGACGCAGUCAAACGAAAGAAGAAGAAAAGGUCAAGCGCGACUAACAGCUCCACUGGAACCUUUGAUGACCUCUACAAGCUUACAGAUGAGGUGCUUGGCCAAGGGGCCUUUGCCAAAGUCCAAGGAUGCAUCAGUCUGCAGAAUGGGCAGGAGUAUGCAGUAAAGAUCAUCGAAAAGAGCGCGGGUCACAGCCGCAGCCGAGUCUUCCGGGAAGUGGAGACGCUUUACCAGUGUCAAGGAAACAAGAACAUUUUGGAACUGAUCGAGUUCUUUGAAGACAACGCCUGCUUUUAUUUGGUGUUUGAAAAGUUGCGAGGAGGCUCCAUUCUUACGCACAUCCAGAAUCGGAAGCACUUUGAUGAGCUGGAGGCCAGCAAGGUGGUCCGCGACAUCGCUCAUGCACUUGACUUCCUUCACAUCAAGGGUAUCGCUCACAGAGACCUCAAACUGGAAAACGUCCUUUGUGAAUGCAUCGAUCAAGUGUCACCGGUUAAGAUCUGUGACUUUGACCUGGGAAGCGGCGUGCAGCUCAGCAGCGCCUGCACACCCAUUACCACUCCAGAACUCACCACGCCCUGUGGCUCGGCAGAAUACAUGGCUCCAGAAGUGGUGGAGGUGUUCACCGACGAGGCGUCCUUCUACGACAAACGCUGCGACCUGUGGAGCCUAGGGGUCAUUCUCUACAUCCUGUUAAGUGGCAGCCCCCCCUUCACGGGCCACUGUGGCAGCGACUGUGGGUGGGACCGUGGGGAAACGUGCCGCACGUGCCAGAGUCACCUGUUUGAAAGCAUCCAGCAGGGCAAAUACGAGUUUCCCGAUAAGGACUGGGCUCACAUCACCGACUCCGCCAAGGAUCUUAUCAGCAAGCUGCUGGUACGAGACGCCACGCUGCGCCUCAGCGCUGCGCAGGUCCUCAAACAUCCGUGGGUGCAGGGGAAUGCACCAGAGAGAGGUCUUCCAACCCCUCACGCCCUACAGAGGAACAGCAGCACCAAAGACCUGAGCCAGUUUGCGGCCGAAGCCAUCGCCUUCAACCGGCAACUGUCGCAGCACGACGAGCGGCAACAGCAGCAGGAGGAGGGCGAAGAGGAAGAGGUGUGCCCCGUGUUUUGCUCCAUGAGGCUCUCUCCGCCAUCCAACUCCAGACUGGCUCGCAGGAGGGCGCAGUCCAACGCCAUGCGCGGCCAAGACGGCACGGCUGAGCUCACCGCCUGAAUCUGCCCUCUUACUUUUAUGUGUAUAUGUGUGUGCGCAAUGGGUCAACCUAUCAUAUAUUCUAAACUUUUUUUUAUUUUUUUUUAAACAAGAUUUCAGUAGGUCAUUAUUUUUGUAUUUAUUGCAGUAAAAAAAGUCAAACAUAUAUUUUUAUAUGGUAUCUUUUUGCUUUAAUGAAACCUGUCAGUGUUUGUGAACAAGAAUGUCUGGAUGUGGACUAAAUGCUAGUGAUGUGCAUUC